CGCGGAAGUGCCCCAGGGCCGGCGCGGGUUCUUCCGGCCGUGCGGUCCGCGCUUUUGUCCCGCUGGCGGCCGGGCUCCCGCGGCGCCGCCACAGCCAGUACGUGAGUCCGCGGCUGCCCGCGCUCCCGCCCCCGGCCCUCGCCUGCCACGCCCUUCCCUUUUUGGCCGAGUCUUGGCUGCCCCGCGGGUCUCGGGCGGGAUCUGGGAGUAAGCAUGCCCCCUCCCUGCACAGAUCUCAGUAGUGUCACAUUUGAAGACGAGCACUCAGGAUGAGGAACCAACUGAAGAAUAUGCAAAUGCUGGAAAUACAGAAUCUAAGUGGCCGAAAGUGGAAGGUCUUCACAGGGAUACUAUGCCUGAGUCUAAGGUUGGUGACACAUGUGUUUGGGAUAGCAAGGUAGAGAGUCAGCAGGAAAAGCCUGUGGAAAACAGGAUGAAGGAAGACAAAAGCAGCAUCAGGGAAGCAAUCAGCACAGCCAAGAGUGCAGCAAAUAUAAAGACAGAACAGGAAGGUGAGGCAUCUGAGAAGAGCUUGCAUCUGAGCCCACAACAUAUCACACACCAGACUAUGCCUGUAGGACAGAGAGGCAGUGAGCAAGGCAAAUGUGUGGAGAACAUUAAUGGAACCUCCCACCCUAGUCUACAGCAGAAAACCAGUGCUAUUAAGAAAUUACAUAAAUGUGAUGAAUGUGGGAAAUCCUUCAAAUAUAACUCCCGCCUCGUUCAACAUAAAAUUAUGCACACUGGGGAGAAGCGCUAUGAAUGUGAUGACUGUGGAGGGACUUUCCGAAGCAGCUCCAGCCUUCGGGUCCACAAACGGAUCCACACUGGGGAGAAGCCGUACACGUGUGAGGAAUGUGGGAAAGCCUACAUGUCCUACUCCAGCCUCAUAAACCACAAAAGCACCCAUUCUGGGGAGAAGAACUGCAAAUGCGAUGAAUGUGGAAAAUCCUUCAAUUAUAGCUCUGUUCUGGACCAGCAUAAAAGGAUCCACACUGGGGAGAAGCCCUAUGAAUGCGGUGAGUGUGGGAAGGCCUUCAGGAACAGCUCUGGGCUCAGAGUCCACAAAAGGAUCCACACGGGGGAGAAGCCCUAUGAGUGCGACAUCUGUGGGAAAACCUUCAGUAACAGCUCUGGCCUCAGGGUCCACAAAAGGAUCCACACGGGCGAGAAACCUUACGAAUGUGAUGAGUGUGGGAAGGCCUUCAUUACUUGUAGAACACUCCUCAACCAUAAAAGCAUCCACUUUGGAGAUAAACCCUAUAAAUGUGAUGAGUGUGAGAAAUCUUUUAAUUAUAGCUCUCUUCUCAUUCAGCAUAAAGUCAUCCACACUGGAGAGAAACCUUAUGAAUGUGAUGAAUGUGGGAAGGCUUUCAGGAACAGCUCAGGCCUCAUAGUGCAUAAAAGGAUCCACACGGGAGAGAAACCUUACAAGUGUGAUGUCUGUGGCAAAGCAUUCAGCUAUAGCUCAGGCCUCGCAGUCCAUAAAAGCAUUCACCCUGGGAAGAAAGCCCAUGAAUGUAAGGAGUGUGGGAAAUCCUUUAGUUAUAACUCACUUCUUCUUCAACAUAGAACUAUUCAUACCGGAGAGAGACCUUAUGUAUGUGAUGUGUGUGGGAAAACAUUCAGAAACAAUGCAGGCCUCAAAGUCCACAGGAGGUUGCAUACUGGGGAAAAACCCUAUAAGUGUGAUGUGUGUGGGAAAGCCUAUAUCUCACGCUCUAGCCUUAAAAAUCACAAAGGAAUCCACCUUGGGGAGAAGCCCUAUAAAUGUAGCUAUUGUGAGAAAUCCUUCAACUACAGCUCUGCCCUUGAGCAGCAUAAAAGGAUUCAUACCAGGGAAAAACCCUUUGGGUGUGAUGAGUGUGGAAAAGCUUUCAGAAAUAAUUCCGGCCUUAAAGUACAUAAACGAAUCCACACUGGGGAGCGACCUUACAAAUGUGAAGAAUGCGGGAAAGCGUACAUCUCCCUCUCGAGCCUUAUAAAUCAUAAAAGCGUCCACCCUGGGGAGAAGCCCUUUAAGUGUGAUGAGUGUGAGAAGGCCUUCAUCACAUACCGAACCCUUAUAAACCACAAAAAAGUUCAUCUUGGGGAGAAGCCCUAUAAAUGUGAUGUGUGUGAGAAAUCUUUUAAUUACACAUCACUCCUUUCUCAGCACAAAAGGGUCCACACUAGAGAGAAACCCUAUGAAUGUGACAGGUGUGAGAAGGUCUUCAGAAACAACUCAAGCCUUAAAGUUCAUAAAAGAAUCCAUACUGGGGAGAAGCCCUAUGAAUGUGACGUGUGUGGAAAAGCCUAUAUCUCACACUCUAGCCUUAUUAACCAUAAAAGUACCCACCCUGGCAAGACACCCCAUCCAUGCGAUGAAUGUGGAAAAGCUUUUUUCUCAAGCAGAACUCUUAUAAGCCAUAAAAGAGUCCAUCUUGGAGAGAAACCCUUCAAGUGUGUCGAGUGUGGGAAAUCUUUCAGUUACAGCUCUCUUCUUUCUCAGCACAAGAGGGUCCACACAGGGGAGAAACCCUAUGUGUGUGAUAGGUGUGGGAAGGCCUUCAGGAACAGCUCAGGCCUCACAGUGCAUAAAAGGAUCCACACAGGUGAGAAACCCUAUGAAUGUGAUGAGUGUGGGAAGGCAUACAUCUCACACUCAAGUCUUAUCAACCAUAAAAGUGUCCACCAGGGGAAGCAGCCCUAUAAUUGUGAGUGUGGGAAAUCCUUCAAUUAUAGAUCAGUCCUUGACCAGCACAAAAGGAUCCACACUGGAAAGAAGCCAUACCGAUGUAAUGAGUGUGGUAAGGCUUUCAAUAUCCGAUCAAAUCUCACCAAGCAUAAAAGAACCCAUACUGGAGAGGAGUCUUUAAAUGUGAUAUAUGUGGGAAGUUAUAGUGGCACAUCCCAGAAGAGAACCUAUGAGGGAGGGAAUGCCCUGGAUGGGAGCAGGAUGAGGAUGCCUCUGUAGCAGGCAGAGCUUACCAAGUCUCUGAACUCAAAUGGAAGAAAUACCUUAUGAAUGUAAGAAUGUAUGGGGUCAUGGCUUGUAAUUUACACAGUGUAAAUGAAACCAUCCUAGAGGAUUGGGAGGAAUCCUUUCUAUGUGAUUUUCAAUCAUAGCGAGCAAGAAAGGCUCCAGUAUCAAAGUAGUUCAGCUCUUACGGGAUAUAAAAUAGUCCAUACUUGAGAUAAAAACCUACCCAAGUGAUGGAAUGUGAAGCAAUGUCUUCAAAAUUAGUAGACAUUUCUGGACAUAAAACACAGAUGAGGAAAGGACUUCAGUUAGAAGUUACAUAAUCACCAUCAGAAAGUUCAUGUUUGGUAAAUUCUGUUACUAGAAAUGUAGGAAAUUCAGGUAUAACUUUGAAUCCCAGUUACACAUUGGUCAGUGGGAAAACUGAGAAAGGCCUCCAACAGGCAAAUUCAGGGAGAGGUAGGUUUCAGGGAAUAUAAAUUUACUUAAUAUUAGUGGUCUUUAAGUAUAAACUUGAUGUAAUUGGUUUGGGAGGGGACAGUGAUGAUGACUUCUGAAACAAAAUUUGAAUUUCCUUUUAGGAAAAGUAGAAAGCAUAGACUUACAAGUCUAACAGGAGAUAGGAGAGAGUCACUCAUAAAAAAUGCAAAUUGACGAACAUACUAUUGUGAUACAUUAGUUGAAUGGAUGAAACUUUUUUAAAGUUUCAGAUGAACUCCCAUAAUAGUGAAUUUGUGAUGAGGGAUAACCUGGCAGUGGUAUUCAAACAUUAUGCUACAGUAAAAGGUUCUACCGUGGAGAGGAUUUUGACACAUUCAGUAACUAAUGGAACACACCGUCAACAUGAAUUUGCACCUUACAUGACAAUUGAUUCAGGGAUUCCUAUGAAUAGAAAUGCUGAGAAGGAAUGCAUCUUAGUGCAGAAGCUAAAAAGCUAAGUACCAGUCAUCUAGAGAGAAGGAAAUUAAUGUUUCUUAAUCCUGAUAAAUGUUUGAUUGUUUGGAAUAUGUUAUUGUAAAGAUGUCAUGCAGUAUAUGUGUAUAUUGUCUGUUGUAAAAUGUUAACGAAUACUUUGUUCAGGGCUCACUUUCUCUUUGUCAUGAAAGCCAGCUCCUUGUGGCGAGGUAAAGUGGAAUUCCAAUAAAGAAAUUCCUUAAAUCAAAA